AUGAACGGAGCCGCAGAGCAGCCCGGUUCUGCCUACAGCUUCGACAAGCUUCCUGACAAUAGUACGUACAUCAGACUAGCGAGGCUUCUGCCAGCAGCAUCCAUCGACGACCCUCUGAAAUGCCAACUUGGUGUACACCUCCGUGGAGAAGCUCCACCUUACGAAGCUAUCUCAUACGUCUGCGGGGAUCCGAACGACACGCGCCCUAUCAUGGUCGAUGGGUCAACUCUACCAAUCUACGCAACGCUGGCUACGGCACUACAGCAUAUCAGGCUCCAUGAUCGACCCAGGGUCAUCUGGGCUGACGCCAUAUGUAUACACCAGGCGGACGACCUGGAGAAGUCCUACCAGGUACAAGGCAUGUACAAAAUCUACCAACGCAGCAAGCACACAAUCGCCUGGUUAGACUACCAUGAGUCCAACGGGGACUUCCAACGUGGCAUGAGGCUCCUUGAACAUCUGGGCUCUGGCAAAUAUAACGAUCUACGGCUCGAAUUGCAGAAAAUACGCCGGGAAAGGGGGAACCUAUUAUCGGGACGCCUCCGCCUGAGUCGAGCGGCAGAAGAGGCGCGACUUCUAUUAAGAAUCUCGGGCGACUCGCCGCUGUUCUCUAGUAGAAAGACUUUGACGAGGCUCUUGAGAGAAUCCCGCCGCCACAGUCAGUUCUCCAGAUUCGGGUCAGUGCUUGAUGAUGGCGGUUGGGAAGCAGUCUCUGCUGCUCUUCACUCCUCGUACUUUGAAAGACUGUGGAUCUGGCCCGAGCUAGCAUUCUCUGAGGAAGCGUCAUUCGUUUCCAACAACCUCGUCGCGGAUGUGCACAAAGUCCUGUUGGGCUAUGGUUUCGUUGAGACCAUGACUCUACAUGACGACGAUCUGAACGGCCUCAUACCAGCCGGUCCUUUGUUCUUCGCAGGUCACUACCUUGCUGAUACAGCCGGGAAGAAGCAAAAGCAUCCGCCCGGGUCCGAGUUUGCUGGUAUACCUGAAGACAAUCUAUCCUUGCUGGCACUGAUGAAGCUGAUGAGAGAUGCCAAAUGCGCGGAUCCCCGUGAUCGGCUCUUCGCCAUGGAGACCUUAACAAGCGACCCUCUGAACGCUCUGAAUCCACCAGACUACACCUUGUCUGCGUCUGCGGUCUUCAAGCGCUUCGUGCGAACAUACAUUGAGUUGAAGAAAGAUUUUUCUGUCCUCUCCUUUGGUGGCGUCGAGGCCGCACCAUCCUGGAUCCCAACAAACGACGAGGGCGAGCUGAAAGAACUCGAAGGUACUUACAUGACCUUCUUUAUAGAUGACGAACAUCUGCUGGGCCUAGACGGCAGAGAUCCCCUCUACCGCGCAGCUGCAUCCACCACGCCCCGGACUCUGCCUCCAGAAGCCGGCGCCGAGGACGACACGCUCAGUGUCUACGGCUACAAGAUCGACCAAAUUGUGCAGGUCCACCGAUGUCGCCAGAGCAAAACCGACAGCGGCCUGAAGAUUGAUCCCGACAUCCUCCAAUCCCGCGCCGCAGCUCGACGCGCCGGCCAUAAAGACGAAGAUUUCUGGCGGACCAUCCACGGCAAUCUUUCACGACGGUUCAACUAUCUGGACGACGAAUUCGAGGAGACGCUCGCGAAGCUCAGCGCCUCCAAUACCAACACAUACCCGAGUCUCGAGUUCCGCUCAGACCUGUUGAACAGCCAUGAUCGGUUCGUGGUCACGGAGCGAGGUCGCAUAGGGACUGUGCCUGAUAACAGCAAGUUGGGAGAUAUCAUCGUGGUCUUCUUCGGCGCGCAGAUGCCGUAUGUGCUGCGGCCUACGGACAAGGGCAACUAUCUUUUGGUGGAGGAGUGCUACCUCAACAAAUGCAUGGAUGGGGAGACGUAUGAAGAGUUCUCGAAUGGCAAGUAUGAAGAGAAGGUCUUCCACCUUGUGUGA